GUCCCCGCGGGCGCUGGUGGGAGCCCCCACUCCCCCAGCUGCAGCCCCCGCCCUCCCUGGGCAGCCCGUUUCCUGCUCCUCCCUCGCCGCUCCCUCCAGCUGUUUCUCCGGCUGAGUUCUUUCCCCGUCCCAUUCAGUCCUGAGCGGGAGCGGCUUGGGACAGAGCAGGAUCCAGGCGAGCCUGCUGCAGACUGGGAGAGCGCUGCGGGGGACUGGGCCCUGGGGGUCCCAGGGCAUCUUCCAUGAGCUCGAAGUACUGCUUCUGGGCAAGAGCCAUCGCCUGAGGAAGCGUGUGACCCGCGUCUCCUGCGCGGCUUGGAGUGGCCGGGAGCCGCGGUAACCCUCGGGAAGACAAGACCGGACACCGAGGAGGAGGGGCAGGUGUCGCCAGCUGUGCACAGGGACUGACUGCCUGGCCGAGGACCCACAGUGGAGUGCUUCUGGCACCACAACAGUGAGUGAAAAUGGAGGAUGGAGAUUACAACAGUUCUGCCGCCUAUGAUUCAGACUAUCUGGAUGGUUAUGACUCUGUCAUGAUUUUGGAGGAGUCUUCUCCCCUGGAGGCCAAGGUAGCCAGGAUCUUCCUGGUGGUGAUCUACAGCAUUGUGUGCUUCCUUGGGAUCUUGGGCAAUGGCCUGGUGAUUGUCAUUGCCACCUUCAAGAUGAAGAAGACGGUGAACACUGUCUGGUUCCUCAACCUGGCUGUGGCAGAUUUCCUGUUCAAUGUCUUCCUGCCUAUCCACAUAGCCUAUGCCGCCAUGGACUACCACUGGGUGUUUGGGACCGCCAUGUGCAAGAUCAGCAACUUCCUGCUCAUCCACAACAUGUACACCAGUGUCUUCCUGCUGACCAUCAUCAGUUUUGACCGCUGCAUCUCUGUGCUUCUUCCCGUCUGGUCCCAGAACCACCGCAGCAUCCGGCUGGCCUACAUGGCCUGCAUGGUCAUCUGGGUGCUAGCUUUCUUCCUGAGUUCCCCAUCCCUCGUCUUUCGGGACACAGUCAAUCUGCAUGGGAAGAUAGCCUGCUUCAACAACUUUAACCUGUCCGCACCUGGCCCUUCCUCCUCAUUUGCUCACUUCCAACUGCACCCCGUGGGGCAGAGAUGGCAUAUGGUGGUGACACUCACCCGCUUCCUCUGUGGCUUCCUGGUCCCCGUCUUCAUCAUCACAGCCUGCUACCUCACCAUUGUCUGCAAACUGCACCGCAACCGCCUGGCCAAGACCAAGAAACCCUUCAAGAUUAUCGUGACUAUCAUCAUCACCUUCUUCCUCUGCUGGUGCCCGUAUCACGCCAUCUACCUCCUGGAGCUCUACCACAAGGCCAUCCCUGGCACUGUGUUCAGCCUGGGUUUGCCCCUCGCCACUGCCAUUGCCAUUGCUAACAGCUGCAUGAACCCCAUUCUGUACGUUUUCAUGGGCCAGGACUUCAAGAAGUUCAAGGUGGCCUUCUUCUCCCGCUUGGUUAAUGCUCUGAGCGAGGACACGGGCCACUCCUCUUACCCUAGCCACAGGAGCUUUACCAAGAUGUCCUCAAUGAAUGAGAAGUCUUCGAUGAAUGAAAAGGAGACCAGCAUGCUGUGAGUCUCUCCUGAGAAGUCCCCAGUGGGCACUCCCAACCCAAGGCUGCCCCAGGACAUUCCAACGCCCAGUGCAUUUUGUAUGGGGUGGGCCAUAUUUUGAGCGGGGAAUCCAGCACAGGGAAACUCUUUCUCUAAGUGGGAUGGUGGACAGAUCCUGUCCUGUUGCGCAUAACCUUGGACCUGCAGUCCAUGAUCUGUGGGAGACCAGCCUUGCCCAAUUCGGAAUAAUAAAGGAAGAAUUCUCAAAAGCACUGCCAUGAACUGGGAUCAGCAUAAGGCUGUGGGAUGAAGCUACCUACUGUGUAGCCCUGAAACGCCACACUCUGUGAGGUCCCUAGUGUGAGCAGGGGAGGUCAAAGAAAAUCCAGAGUGAUGCAGUUUGCACUUUACCCCUUAUACCUUUAUCAGUAGUUGGCCAGAAAACUCCACUCUUCCAGCCAUUCCUCUGGGUUUAAGGAGUAUGAGAUUCAUGGUUAGCUGGGACAGAAAGAUGACAUCAGCCCAUGAACUUUCAAGACCAUGAACUUGACUUUCAGAUGAGCUGGGAAGACAGAGACCAGGGGGCUUUGUGAGAUCUUUGCAAGGACAAGACAAGGGAGGUGCCUGCAAACAGGACUUGGGGCUUGGUGGGGGGGUCAGGAACGAUAAAGGCAGAGCAUAGACCCCUCAAAGGUCAUAGACAUGCAGCACCUCAUCCUAAAACUCCACAGGGCAAUGAUGCUUUGGCUGUAGGUGCUAUAAGGGCGUGGGUGGUGCCAGACCUUUGCUCCAGCUGUGCUCUGGGCUCGUGAUGGUUACCUGGGGCUGCCGGACCUCUUCACUAGCAGCCGCCACCUGUCACAGGGUUCUUUCCUUCUCUAAUCCACUCAGCUCCGGCUAGAGGUGCUCGGAAUAAAACUCUCCUGGAGGUGGGCGUGGAAGGGGCAGGGCUUCUGCUUUUCUCCCUUUCCCUCCAGGCCUUGUUGGAGACUGCUCCAAAGCACAGCUUUGGAAAGCAGCCUGGGAGCAUCUCCUGGAGGAAGGAGGUGCCCCAGGGCCCACCACAACCUGGGAUCCAACUUCUUCAGCCAAGCUCCUGAGAUAAGACAACAAGCAGCCCAUGUGCAGCCCUGUGGCCUGACUCUUCUUAUCUGCACCAGACACUUCCUGCUGCAGGGAAUGACAUUGUCCAUUCCCAAACAAGGCUGAGGCUCUGAGGGUGAAAGUAACUCCCCUCUCAUCACACACAGCACAUCAGUGGCAGAGAUAAGAUCUGAAUCAGGGUCUGCCCGGCUCCAGUAUCUAUUAAGACUAUUCCAGGCUAUAACGACAGCCUACAUUUAUUUAGCACUUUCCAUGUUAAGUACUUUCUAUGUAUUAUCUCAUGUAUUCCUCACAGCCACUCCAAGUUAGGUACAAUGAUUAUUUCCCUCUUACAUAUGAGGGAUCUGAGGCUCAGAGAGGUUAAGUAGCUUUCUCAAGGACACUGAGCUAGUCCCUGCCGAAGGCCGGAUUGGAGCUUCAGUUUGCCUGCCUCAAAAGAGGCUGCGGAGUCAGGAAGCAACGAGAGAGGCUGGGGUUUUAACUAAAACUAUUGAUUCUUCAGCAGAUGGCUGUGAACAUCUUAAUGACAAUUAAGAAGCUUUGCAGGUAGUUUUCAGAAUGAUCCAACGUAUACAGAAAAGGCAUUUGGCCUCCAGUUCCCUCAACACCCAUCAACAUUCACCCCCAUGGCUCCCGUGCCUGGUACCCUCUGAGGUCUGCAGAAGAGGGGGUUUGGGGGUGGGCCUGGCAGGAGGCAGCCUCUAUGGGCCCAGGGCCUUCUGGCCUCUAAGUGUCCACAUUCUGUUCUCUUCCAAGUCUCCUCGUUGCUAAGCCAAUUCUCCAACAGGAUGCAAGGAACAGAUGUAAUGUCCACCUCUAGCUGGGCCAGUCCCCGGGCUUCAGGCUGUUUGGAAUCACACUUCAUUAAAGGACAGACUGUUCCUUCCUGGUUGGGUCUUGAUGCUUAUGACGAGGCGGCUCUGAGCGGACACAGGCUGGGGACUCGAAUGCUUCAAGGAGUCUGCACUUGCUCCACUUGGGAGCCAAAGGGGAACUGUGAAUAUGACUUUGUGCCCCAACAUCUCUUCCCCAGCUUUCAGAUGAAGCAACCGAGGUACAAAAUGGCAUAAGAUUUGUCCCAGGUCACAGGGACAGUCACUUGUGGCUGGGGGAUGAUGGCACUCCUCCUGGGCUUCCUGGUCGGCCAGGCCAGGCUAGGGAGCCAGGAAUUUAUGUUGUCAUCGGAAAAGCUGAUAAACAGGAGCACAGUUCAAGCCUCCUCAGAGCCAAACCUCCCUCUUUCUGGCUGCUAUUCCAGAAUACCUAUUCUGACUGAAGUUUCCCCUUGAGUAUUAAAUGCAACCAUGACAUUUUCAUCA